UUACUGGUUUGGCGUGUCAUCCGAGUCGACGAGUCACGAAUCGAAGAGAAGCUAUGUUGGCGAGGCUGAGAGGGGUUCGUAGCAUUCACACCACCCCUCGCCUGACUAAAUUCUCUCUUCACCUUCCUAAAACUGUGGAGGUGGAAUUUGACAAUGGCAGUGCAUUUAAUUUGUCAGCUGAAUUUCUAAGAAUACACAGCCCAGCUGCUGAUAGCAAAGUUAGGUCAAUUGGCGGUGAGAAGGUGAUCUUUGGGCGGCGUCAUGUUGGAAUCAUGUCUGCAGAACCCAUAGGGAACUAUGGGGUAAGGAUUCUUUUUGAUGACUUGCAUAAAACUGGGAUAUACACAUGGGAUUAUUUCUACCAUCUUGGUAGCAAUAAGUUUACGCUCAUGAGAAAUUAUAUCAAAACCCUAAAGAAGCAUGGGCUCAAUCGGGAUCCACCCAGAAGAAAAUGAUGGUGAAUUUUGUCGGAGUUCAAUCCAGGCAGUUGUUUCAAUGAUGCCUAGCCCAUGUGAUGUAGACAAAGCAACCCACCUUGGGUUGAAAGCGUAGUGGAAUUUCAUUCUUUCCUUGAAUAUCAUGUUUGAGCCGAUAAUGUUACCAUGCAAUGUUUUGGGCAGAUGUUGUGAUGGAGCAUCGCCAUGGUUUUAAUUAUCUGAAUUCAACUUCAUUGAAUCCAUGUGAGUGUAAGCAAUUCAAUUCUGUACCUGCCAUCUAUGUCACUGUGCCUUGCUUCUUCAAGAUUGGCUGAUUUUUGGUUUACAAAUGUAUUCUUCCUUCUUUCUUAUUUCUUCUUAUUGCCAUGUAUAAGAGAUAACAAUCAAGAACAUGAAAUAACAAUUGAAUUUUGUUUGGAGAUC